CUUCCGGGAUGUGGCUGGGCCUUUGUCUCUCGCUGCCGCCGGAGUUUCCAGGUCUCGACUUCACUGCUCUGUGUCGUCUGCUCCAGGAGGCCCAGCCUGUGUGGCCCUGUGACCUGCAGGUAUUGGAGAGCCACAGCUAAGACGCCAGGAACCCCUGGAAGCCUAGAAAUGGGACUGUUGACAUUUAGGGAUGUGGCCAUAGAAUUCUCUCCGGAGGAGUGGCAAUGUCUGGACACUGCACAGCAGAAUUUAUAUAGGAAUGUGAUGUUAGAGAACUACAGAAACCUGGCCUUCCUGGGUAUUGCUCUCUCUAAGCCAGACCUGAUUACUUGUCUGGAGCAAGGAAAAGAGCCCUGGAAUAUGAAGCAACAUGAGAUGGUGGAUGAACCCACAGGUAUAUGUCCUCAUUUUCCUCAAGACUUUUGGCCAGAGCAGAGCAUGGAAGAUUCUUUUCAAAAAGUAUUACUGAGAAAAUAUGAAAAAUGUGGACAUGAGAAUUUACAGUUAAGAAAAGGUUGUAAAAGUGUGGAUGAGUGUAAGGUGCACAAAGAAGGUUAUAAUAAACUUAACCAGUGUCUCACAACUGCCCAGAGCAAAGUAUUUCAAUGUGGUAAAUAUUUGAAAGUCUUCUAUAAAUUUUUAAAUUCAGACAGACAUACGAUAAGACAUACUGGAAAGAAAUGCUUCAAAUGUAAAAAAUGUGUCAAGUCAUUUUGCAUCCGUUUAUACAAAACCCAACAUAAAUGCGUUUAUAUUACAGAGAAGUCCUAUAAAUGUAAAGAAUGUGAAAAAACCUUUCAUUGGUCCUCAACCCUUACUAAUCAUAAUGAAAUUCAUACUGAAGAUAAACCCUACAAAUGUGAAGAAUGUGGCAAAGCUUUUAAGCAGCUCUCAACCCUUACUACACAUAAAAUAAUUUGUGCUAAAGAGAAAAUCUACAAGUGUGAAGAAUGUGGCAAAGCAUUUCUAUGGUUCUCAACCCUAACUAGACAUAAGAGGAUACACACUGGAGAGAAACCCUACAAAUGUGAAGAAUGUGGCAAAGCUUUUAGCCAUUCUUCAACCCUUGCUAAACAUAAGAGAAUUCAUACUGGAGAGAAACCCUACAAAUGUGAAGAAUGUGGCAAAGCUUUUAGCCGUUCUUCAACCCUUGCUAAACAUAAGAGAAUUCAUACUGGAGAGAAACCCUACAAAUGUAAAGAAUGUGGCAAAGCUUUUAGCAAUUCCUCAACCCUUACUAAUCAUAAGAUAACUCAUACUGAAGAGAAACCCUACAAAUGUAAAGAAUGUGACAAAGCUUUUAAGCGACUCUCAACCCUUACUAAACAUAAAAUAAUACAUGCUGGAGAGAAACUCUACAAAUGUGAAGAAUGUGGCAAAGGUUUUAAUCGAUCUUCAAAUCUUACUAUACAUAAGUUUGUUCAUACUGGAGAGAAACCUUACAAGUGUGAAGAAUGUGGCAAAGCAUUUAACUGGUCCUCAAGCCUUACUAAACAUAAAAGAUUUCAUACUAGAGAGAAACCCUUCAAAUGUAAAGAAUGUGGCAAAGCAUUUAUAUGGUCUUCAACCCUAACUAGACAUAAGAGGAUACACACUGGAGAGAAGCCCUACAAAUGUGAAGAAUGUGGCAAAGCUUUUAGGCAAUCCUCAACCCUUACUAAACAUAAGAUAAUUCAUACUGGAGAGAAACCCUACAAAUUUGAAGAAUGUGGCAAAGCUUUUAGACAAUCCUUAACCCUUAAUAAACAUAAGAUAAUUCAUAGUAGAGAGAAACCCUACAAAUGUAAAGAAUGUGGCAAAGCUUUUAAGCAAUUCUCAACCCUUACUACACAUAAAAUAAUUCAUGCUGGAAAGAAACUCUACAAAUCUGAAGAAUGUGGCAAAGCUUUUAAUCAAUCCUCAAGUCUUUCUACACAUAAGAUAAUUCAUACUGGAGAGAAGUCUUACAAGUGUGAAGAAUGUGGCAAAGCAUUUCUAUGGUCCUCAACCCUAAGAAGACAUAAGAGGAUACACACUGGAGAGAAACCCUACAAAUGUGAAGAAUGUGGCAAAGCUUUUAGCCAUUCUUCAGCCCUUGCUAAACAUAAGAGAAUUCAUACUGGUGAGAAACCCUACAAAUGUCAAGAAUGUGGCAAAGCUUUUAGCAAUUCCUCAACCCUUGCUAAUCAUAAGAUAACUCAUACUGAAGAGAAACCCUACAAAUGUAAAGAAUGUGACAAAGCUUUUAAGCGACUCUCAACCCUUACUAAACAUAAAAUAAUACAUGCUGGAGAGAAACUCUACAAAUGUGAAGAAUGUGGCAAAGGUUUUAAUCGAUCUUCAAAUCUUACUAUACAUAAGUUUAUUCAUACUGGAGAGAAACCUUACAAGUGUGAAGAAUGUGGCAAAGCAUUUAACUGGUCCUCAAGCCUUACUAAACAUAAAAGAAUUCAUACUAGAGAGAAACCCUUCAAAUGUAAAGAAUGUGGCAAAGCAUUUAUAUGGUCUUCAACCCUAACUAGACAUAAGAGGAUACACACUGGAGAGAAGCCCUACAAAUGUGAAGAAUGUGGCAAAGCUUUUAGCCGUUCCUCAACCCUUACUAAGCAUAAGACAAUUCAUACUGGAGAGAAACCCUACAAAUGUAAAGAAUGUGGCAAAGCUUUUAAGCACUCCUCAGCCCUUGCUAAACAUAAAAUAAUACAUGCUGGAGAGAAACUCUACAAAUGUGAAGAAUGUGGCAAAGCUUUUAAUCAAUCUUCAAAUCUUACGACACAUAAGAUAAUUCAUACUAAAGAGAAACCUUCCAAGAGUGAAGAAUGUGACAAAGCAUUUAUCUGGUCCUCAACCCUUACUGAACAUAAGAGAAUUCAUACCAGAGAGAAAACCUACAAAUGUGAAGAAUGUGGCAAAGCAUUUAGCCAGCCUUCACACCUUACUACACAUAAGAGGAUGCACACUGGAGAGAAACCCUACAAAUGUCAAGAAUGUGGCAAAGCUUUUAGCCAAUCCUCAACCCUUGCUACACAUAAGAUAAUUCAUACUGGAGAGAAACCCUACAAAUGUGAAGAAUGUGGCAAAGCUUUUAGGAAAUCUUCAACUCUUACUGAACAUAAGAUAAUUCAUACUGGAGAGAAACCCUACAAAUGUGAAGAAUGUGGCAAAGCAUUUAGCCAAUCCUCAACCCUAACUAGACAUAUGAGGAUGCACACUGGAGAGAAACCAUACAAAUGUGAAGAAUGUGGCAAAGCUUUUAAUCGAUCCUCAAAGCUUACUACACAUAAGAUAAUUCAUACUGGAGAGAAACCUUACAAGUGUGAAGAAUGUGGCAAAGCAUUUAUAUCAUCCUCAACCCUAAAUGGACAUAAGAGAAUUCAUACUAGAGAGAAACCCUACAAAUGUGAAGAAUGUGGCAAAGCAUUUAGCCAAUCUUCAACCCUAACUAGACAUAAGAGGUUGCACACCGGAGAGAAACCCUACAAAUGUGGAGAAUGUGGCAAAGCCUUUAAAGAGUCCUCAGCUCUUACUAAACAUAAGAUAAUUCACACUGGAGAGAAACCCUACAAAUGUGAAAAAUGUGGCAAAGCCUUUAACCAGUCUUCAAUCCUUACUAACCAUAAGAAAAUUCAUACUAUCACAGAGAAACCCUACAAAUAUAAAGAAUGUGGCAAAUCUUUUAACUGGUCUUCAACCUUUACUAAACAUAAGGUAAUUCAUACUAGAGUAAAACUCUACAAAUGUGAAGAAUGUGGCAAAUCCUUUUUCUGGUCCUCAGCCCUAACCAGACAUAAGAAAAUUCAUACUGGACAGCAACCCUACAAACAGGAAAAAUUUGGCAAAGCCUUUAACCAGUUUUCACACCUUACUACAGAUAAGAUAACUCAUAUUGGAGAGAAAUCUUACAAGUGUGAAUAAUGUGGUAAAGUCUAUAAAAAGUCCUGAAUUCUUAACAGACAUAAGAUUAUUCAUACUGGAGAGAAACUCUACAAACCUGAAAGAUGUGCCAACGCUUUUGACAAGUCAAAUUUUUCUAAACAUCAAGAAAAUCAUGCUGCUGAGAAAUCCUAGAAAUGUGAAGAAUGUGACAAAGCAUCUAAAUGAUUGUCACACUUGAUCGUAGGUAAGAUAAUUCAUACUGGAGAAGACUACCAGUGUGAACAAUGUGGCCAAGCUUUGAACCAAUGCUCACACCUUAAUGCAUAGGAAAGCAUUUAUACUUGAGAAAAAGUGAACAAAUAUAGACAAAAAGCCAUUAAUACCUGCUCACAUCGUACUCAAAAUCAGAGCGUUCAUACUAAAUAAGAAGUGUAAUUACUGUCAAACGAUUGAUCAGAAAAUAUGUCUUUAAAGUACAGAAGAGUAUUUAUUUUGAAAAAGCAUUACAAAUAUGAAGAGGCAUUGUUUAUGACCUUUUCUAUGGAAAGGCCUUGCUGUCUCUAACUCUGAUCUGAUAUCCUGCUUUGAGCAAAUAAAAGAGCCCUGGAAUGUGAAGAGACAUGAGACAGUAGUCAGCUUCUCAGGUAGGUAAGCAUGAAUGAAGCAGAUAACAGAGACGAGGGAUACGAAGGUCAGAAAGAAUUUCAGACCUUAAAAUGUGGUAUAGAAUGCUCUGCUUCAAUGGAAAGGUUUCCUAAAAAGCCAUUUAUUUCUCUAGCUCCCACAUAGGAGCAUCUUUUGUCCCAUACCCUUAAAUUCUUUAAGGAUCCUACUUCCUAUUUAGUGAUUUUCCUUAGAGGGUACCGUGAGAGCUAAAGUCCUCUUUAUGGCUUAUAAGGUACUGCAUGAUAUGCCUGCUCUUCCAUUGUUUUGGGGGAGUAUAAGAAUAUUUCUGAGUAUUUUAGAGGAACUGCAUGUUAGAUCAUUUAACGUUUCUUUUCCCAUGUCUGAAAUGUGUAAGAGGAGUGGUGAUAUUAAGAUUUGUUUCAGAAAUCGCAGGAACAUGAAUGACAGAUGUUACUUAUUUCUCUAUUUUUUUUUUGUAUUAGCAAUCCUAACAGAUUUCAAGUGAUAGCUCAUCAUUGUUUUCAUUUGCAGUUGCCUUUUGCUUUUUAAUUUAAAGUCUGUUUUAUUUGAUACGGAGUCUUGCUCCAUCGCCAGGCUGGAGUGCAGUGGCGCGAUCUCAUCCCACUGCUCACUGCAACCUCUGCCUCCCCUGUUGAAGUGAUUCUCCUGUCUCAGCCUCCUGAGUAGCUGGGACUACAGGCACACACCACCACGCUCAGCUAAUUUUUGUAUUUUCAGAAGAGACGGGGUUUCAUCACAUUCACCAGGCUGGUCUUGAUCUCUUGACCUCGUGAUAGCCUCACCUCACCCUCCCAAAGUGCUGGGACUACAGGCAUGAGCCACCGCACCCAACCAAAUCUAUACAUUUCAAUGAAGGAUUUAAUUUAUUUAUAUUCAAGGUAAAUAUUAAUAUGUAAGGUUUGGUACUAUCAUAAUGUUAAUUAUUUUCUUGUCUUAUUUUUUCUUUUUAUCUGUCUUUGUAGUUUAAUAAAAUUCUGUCAUGUUGUGAUUUGAUUUAUUUCACUUUGUUUUGUUUUGUAAGACCUGUUAGUUUUAUACUUUUAUAUAUUUUAAUAAUGGUGAAUAUCAAUCUCUUGUUUUUAUAUUAGAAUUUUUUUUAACAUCUUUCAUAGGCCCAGUCUAGUGGUAAUUAGUUUCCCCAGCAUUUAUUUGUCAGGGUAAGACUUUAUAUUCUUCAUUUGUGAAGGUUAUUCUAGCUUGAUAUAAAAUUUUUGGCUGGCAGUUUUCUUUUUUUUCAACACUCUAAAAGUGCCAUCCCAUUCUCUUCUGGUCAGUAAAGUUUCUGCUGAGAAGUCUGCUUUUAAUCUAAUGUGGUUUUCUUUAUAAAUUACUAGAUGCUUUUCUUUUGCUUAUUUUAGAAUUACUUCCUUCACUUUGACUUUAGAUAUUCUGAUUAUCAUGUGCCAUUAUGAUGUCUGUUUUGCAAUAUAUUUUGUUUAUAUUUUGUUGUAUUUUGUUUGCUGAGCUUCCUGUGUAUGUAUGUCUAAUUCUAUUGCUAGAGUUGGAAAGUUUUCAUCAAUUGUUUUCUUAAAUAGGUUUUCUAAACUUUUUGAUGUUUUUUCUUCCUCAGAAACACUGAUAAUUUUGAAGUUUAGUUACUUCAUGUAGUCGGAAACAAAGUCUUCAUUCAUUCUUUUUUAUUCUUUUCUCCUUAUUUUUGUCUGAGUGUAUUAUUUUAAAAGACCUGUUUAAAGGUUUGAAAAUUCUUUUUAUGUUUCUUCCAGUCUAUUAUUGAAUCUUUGAAUGUAUUUUCUUUUGCCUGCAAUAAAUCUUCAGUUCCAUAAUUUUUGUUUCGGUUUCUAUUAAAAGAUAUCUAUCUCCUUGGAACAUUUCCCAUUUGGACUCUAAAUUUAUUUAUUUAUUUUUGUAUUGGUUUUCAGAUUUCUCUUGCCUCUCUUUGAGCUUCUUUAAAAUCUAUAUUUUGAAGUCUUUUUAAAGUAUUUUAAAGCCAUUUCAAUGAAUUUUUUUUUCUUAGAGUACUGGAGAAUUAUUGUGUUCCUUUGAAAGUGUCAUAAGCCUUGCUUUUCUGUGUUUCCUGUGUCUUUAUGUGUCUUUAUAUUGAUUUCUGCACAUCUGGAGAAAUAGUUGUUUCAUUUUAUUUUCGAAUUUAUAUUCAUUGGAGGAAGUUUUUUUUUUUUUGAAGUUAUUACCAUAAUGUUUAUUGCAUAGGGCCAUGUGGCUUUACUUUUAAAGGGUUUGUGCAGUGGGAAAGACUCUGUAUGAGUUUCUUCAGUAUAAACAAAUAUAUAUAUAUAUAUAUACACACACACACAUACACACAUAUAUAUACAUGUCUGUGUAUGUGUGUGUUUAUAAAUACAUAUAUAUAUAAAACAAAUGUUUUAUUGGCUCAGGGGUCAUCUUUUCUCUUAGGUUGAUUUUGAAUUCUAAGUCUAAGUCUAAGUCUCAGAAAACAAUAAAUUUAUCUUUGUUGUGUUGGUCAUUGAGGGCCAGCACACCUGACAUGAAAGAGUAAGAAGGUAGGGUGGGGUAGAUGCUGAGAAAUUACUUAAUAGUUAUAAUGUACAUUAUUCGAGUGAUGGAUACCAUAAAAGCCCUGACUUCACCACUAUGCAAUCUAUGCAUGUAACUAAAUUAUACUUGCACCCAACACAUUUGUAUAAAUAAAUUAAACACAACCACUAGUUAAAACUUGCUAUCUUGCUUAUUCAUACAUACAAAUACGUUAUAAAUGUUUCCCAUGACAUUAACUAUUAUUGAUACAGGAGUUAAAAGCAGGAGAAUGGCGUGAACCUGGGGAGUGGAGCCUGCAGUGAGCGGAGAUCACGCCACUGCACUCCAGCCUGGGUGACAGCGAGAAUCCAUCUCAACAAAAACAAAAAUGAAUAAAUAAAUAAAUAAUUUAGGCAGAUAGUGAGUGAGGGCAAAAACAGUCCUUGGUAAAGUUUUCCUUUUAAUAAAAACCCCCAAAUUAUUUCUUUUUAACAAAGAGCAGCCUGUAAGAUUGAGCUGCAGACAUAUAGAUAAGCAAGCUGGAAGCUUGCAUGAAUAAAUGCCUGCAGCUCUGCUAAUAGGAAAAGCAGCUACCUGGAAAGGACACAUGUUCAAAAUGGUGGCUCCAUCUUCCCUUUUCUUUGUAAACCACGUGUAGAGUAACAAACAGGCAACAUGGUGCUGGCAAAUGCUCCAUUUGCAUAAUUGAAGAUUAGGGUGGGGCAGCCAGCUUCCUCCUAAGCUGUGUAAACAUCCAUACCUGAUCCAGCCAAUCUUUGGCCCCUAUGUAAAUGAGACACCGCCUCCUGAAGGCAGUCUGUAAAAUCCAAUGCACUUCUCUGCAAGCUAGAAGUCCCACUCUUUCUCAGGAGAGAGAGCUAUUCUCCUUUCUCUUUCUUUUGCCUAUUAAACCUCUGCUCCUAAACCAAGUUUUUCUGUGUCCAUGUACUCGAUUUCCUUGGUAUGAGAUGAUGAACCUCAGGUAUUCACCCCAAACAAGUGAUUCCACUUCAUUAUGUUAAAAUUAAUAUAUUAGUUAAAAUUACUAUAUUAAGAAAUGUAGCACAUUUUAAAGGCUGCUGAUGCACAGUGUAAAACCUGCCAUAUACAAAUAUGACAUCAAAUUGUACUUCCGGUAACAGUGUUAGAAAGCUCUUGUUUCCCUACAAUUAUCAUUUAUGAAGAGUUCAAUGGAACAUGUUAUUUUAAAAAGUAUUUUCCGGGGUUCCAAGAUGGCCGAAUAGGAACAGCUCCAGUCUACGGCUCCCAGCAUGAGUGACGCAGAAGACAGGUGAUUUCUGCAUUUCCAACUGAGGUACUGGGUUCAUCUCACUGUGACGUGUUAGACAGUGGGUGCAGCCCAUGGAGUGUGAGCUGAAGCACGGUAGGGCAUCACCUCACCCAGAAAGCGCAAGGGGUCGGGGAAUUCCCUUUCCUAGGCAAGGGAAGCCGUGACAGAUGGUACUUGGAAAAUUGGGACACUCCCACCCUAAUGCUGCACUUUUCCAACGGUCUUAGCAAACGGCACACCAGGAGAUUAUAUCCUGUGCCUGGCACGGAGGGUCCCAUGCCCAUGGAGCCUUGCUCACUGCUAGCACAGCAGUCCGAGAUCAAACUGCAAGGUGGCAGCGAGGUUGGGGGAGGGGCGUCCACCAUCGCUGAGGCUUGACUAGGUAAACAAAGCAGCCGGGAAGUUUGAAUUGGUUGGAGCCCACUGCAGCUCAAGGAGGCCUGCCUGCCUCUGUAGACUGUGCCUCUGGGGGCAGGGCAUAGCUGAAGAAAAGGUAGCAGAAACUUCUGCAGACUUAAACAUCCCUGUCUGACAGCUUUGAAGAGAGUAGUGGUUCUCCCAGCACAGAGUUUGAGAUCUGAGAAUAGAUAGACUGCCUCUUCAAGUGGCUCCCUGACCCCCGAGUAGCCUAACUGGGAGACAACUCCCUGUAGGGGCCAACUGACAUCUCAUACAGCUGGGUGCCCCUCUGAGAUGAAGCUUCCAGAGGAAGGAUCAGGCAGCAACAUUUGCUGUUCUGCAAUAUCUGCUGCUCUGCAGCCUCUGCUGGUACCCAGGCAAACAGAGUUUGGAGUGGACCUCCAGCAAACUCCAACAGACCUGAAGCUGAGGGUCCUGACUAUAACAAACCUCCACGCUGUGCACAUGUACCCUAGAACUUAAAGAAUAAUAAAUAAAAAGUUUAAAAAAUUCCAGUUAAAAAAAUUCUUUUUUGGUAUGUGAAAAACUGGCGUCUCAUUAUUUUAAUAUGCAUUUAGUAACUAUUUAGGUAACUUGGUUUUAUAUAUGUUUAGUGUACUACUUUUGAAUUACCUAGUAAGGUCUUCUGCUUAUUUUGCUACUGAAUUAUUUAACUUUUUACUGAUUUGUGUAAGCUUUUGGUAACCCCAUUAUAAUAAUCAUUUGUUCAAAAUUAUUUUACAUAUAUCUCCAUUCAGCUCCUAGUGUUCAUAUUCAAUGUUUUUGAGAGAAAAGAAGUCCAUCCCUUCUAAAAUUGUCUACUCUCUAAGGAGUUUAAAUAAGUACCAAUUAGUAAAUACAAUUAGGGAAGUUUAAACAUUGUCUAAUUGAAUUUGAUUUGUGGAAAAUAAAUGUUUCUCACCUUCUAUUAUUAUUUAACCAUGUAUAGGAAGGCAGCCAAUACAUUCUGGGCUGAAAAGUCUCUUUUUAAAAAGGGAAAAUGUAUUCUAUCAAAAAGGGUACCAAAUUACAAGUUUGCACUGCAUGUUGCUGAACACAUUGUCUUUUUUCAAGCUUAAACUUUCUAAAACGUUAGCAGUGUUCCCUCUGAAACACAGAGCUGCUCACAUUACAGCCCUGCUCCAAAACAUUUGAUGGCUCAUAACAGCCUACACAGCUGAGCCCCCCAUCCAUUUUCCUAAGGCCAGUAUCUCUCAUCAUGCCAACUCUACACAACACUCCCAAACUAUAUUCUCUUGUCACACUCUACUUCUUGUCCUACCCUGUCCUCAAAUAAGCCUUAUAUUUUAAUACUUCAAGUCCUGUACUUAAACUACUUUUUUGCCUAAAUUUACAUUUCUUCUUUCCCACACUCUUCCUCUACACAUGGAAAACAUGUACAUUUGAGGGUAUCACCUUUUCUUUGCACUGCAACUUUUCACUUGCCAGUUCUCCACUUGUUCUUGCUGGUUGUGAGUGACUGGUGAAUUUUAGAACUAGAACCAUAUUAUAUCAAUCUUUAUAGUUCCACAGCCUGGUACCAGGUGUGGGCGUCAAAAAAUGGUUCCCAAUCCAAGCUUGCUGAAAGUGAUAUUCAACAGAUGACAAAAGAAAGGAGCCAGAAUGCUGGUCUGCUAAUCCACAUUGCUUUCCACUAUUGCUUUGCUGAAACUCUCCCAAUGUCAUGAGAAAUAUAACAAUGAUAAUAAUAAUACUAGCAGUAAAUACAGAAGACAAGUCAGUUAAAAUUGAGCUGGUAGCAUGCAUGACUUCAUUUCUCUAUUUAUUACUAGUUUCAAAAUAGUCCUUAUCUACAGAUAGGAAGAAACAGGAAACAGACCCUCGAGUGCUUAUCACAAUGCAAGAUUUGCCAAUUUCAUAACUUGUUCAGGCACCCUCAUAAAAGAAUCUAGGCACACUGGUGACCCCAUCUCAAACACACUCAAAACACAGAAGGUCUUCCUCUCACUGUCCUCCAGUACAUGUGGCUCCUCCUGCUUAAAAAGCAAAACAACAAAGAAAUAAUACCUCCCAGAGGCUAUCACAGUUGAGCUUGGACAAAUCUUUAGAUUAGAUUAGUAGUCAGGCAAAUUCAAUUGUUGCCUUUACUUGGCUCAUAUCACGUUAUGAACUUUUUAGGAUCACCCCAAUACAAAUUCUGAGGCAAAACCUUGAGUUUCUAUAAUAUGUAAAGUAACAAUAACCUAUUAUAACAAACCAAUAGACCUGUUCUCAAGGCGCUGGGCCUACCCAAAGCAAAACUAAAUUUCCCAAACACUUAUGAGUGUACAGUUUGAAAUCUCUUCAAAAGGAGGUUUCAUAUGGGUCCUUGAACAGGGCUCAGCACUUCCAGUGAGGUUAAAAGUGGGUGUCCACAAAAAAGGUUUCAAAAGAUAAGAGAGUCCCCCAUGAUCCACCACACAGAGGACCAGCAGAAUCGCAGAGUCCAUGCCCACCCUUUUUCACUUCUGGAAUGUUUCCCACCAUGUGAAAGACCACCUCUUUUUCACACAUUAUUCUUUGCAAUGAGAACAUGGUAAAAAUUUGAUCCUUGACAGGCUUUGUUCAGGGUUUCACUCUUCUUUCCCACUGGGUUUCAGCCUGCUAGUAUUCUGCUUUAGUGUCUUGUUGAACCUCCCCUCUUUAAGGGCAUACAAAUCUAAGUCAGUCAGUUCAUGUAGUAACACGACCUAUGCAAGCCCCUCAGUCCACAGAAUACCAAUCUCCAUUCCUGAUCAUCACAGAAGGGAAGGUCCCACUUAUGUCGUCAAAUAUUAGCUAAAAUGAGGUGUUGACUUAGGUAAGCUGUGAUUUAUUUCUGGAAAUCAGGACCCUGUCCUGGCACACUUAUACUUUUUCCUUGGUGUGCCCAUCUUUUCGCUUGAUGUGCCUAACAGGGAGAACUCUGCACACAGGAGAUUUUCAGUUAGUAUUUGUUUGGUGAACGAAUCGUGUCUCUAUGGUAGGUAGUCUGGCAGGGGUCAGAAGCACAGCCCUGGAGACAAACUUAACAGUUUGAGUUCUAAUAGCUGGCUGCCUCCCUGGGUCUCUGUUUUCUCACGUGAAUCCUGAGGAUAAUAAUUACAUCUACAUCCCUCUGUCAUGUAAUGAAUGAAAAAGAUGAUGUGUUAAAAAAAAAUUAGGAUGCUGGUAGCUAGUGGUCAGUAAUUGUUAGAUCUUAUGACUUCUGCUCUUACUGCCAUCAUGGUGAGUGUGUUUCUAUGUAAAAAAGCUAACAACCAACAAAGGGUGAAAAUUAAAGUUCAACUUUUGAUUAUUGACUUACAGACUGGAUUCCUAUCGAUUAAUAAUAGGUCUAGCACAGGUAGAAGAGAAACAGAAAGAUUUAACUUCUGGUUUAUAUGAUUUAAUGCAAAUACAAACAAACCUGGCUAAGAAAUGGUUUUCAUCAAAGUUUGUCUGCAACUUGAAUAUUGUAGGUUAAACUUAUUUAAAAGUACUCUAGACAGAUUUGUUUGUAAUAGAAGCAUGUCAUAGUUUCUGGUGUUUAGGACUGGAUUUCUGUUUAUUUAAUUUUCUGAAGAGACACCAGAGACAGCCCUAGCUACUAUCAGACUUCUUAGAGACAAGCUGGGCAAAUGAGCCCUUACAAAAUUCCAUUUACUGUAAAGAUAAUAAUGAAAUAAAUAAUAAUCUCUAAACAUAAGAAUUUGACCAGUGUUAACCACUCCACUUCUCCAAUACACUGAUACUUCUCCCUUUCUCUUAGCAUAACACAAAACAAACACAUGACCACACACUGUCCACUCUCCAGUGCAGAACAGAGUAACAAAGGCGCACAGCAAGCUUCAGAACACAGACCACCAUGUUCACCACAUCUACAUCUAGAGCUGCUUUAAAAAAGCCAAAUCCAUGAGAAACUGAGAAGAUGAGUGACUACCCUGUUUUCAGCACUUACUGUCACAAGAAGACCAAACAUGCACACACACUCUCAUUCUGAGGCACAGCAUCCACUUUCCUGAAGAAAGAGUAAUUUUACAGCAUAUAUCCUGAUCUCACAUUCUUAGCAACAUGACACUGGCUUUGGGCAUGCAAAGAAUAGGCAUAUUACAGACAACCCUAAGACACAUCGCAUGGCCUGUAUUACCAGAUAUAAUUUUUAAUUUCUUUGACGUAAACUCAAAUUACUUCUCUGAAGUAAACUCAAAUUUCAAACUUGUAUUUCUUUAUUAACUUAUUUAAUUAAUUUCCUCAGGGACUUCACAGAAAAUAUAUUCAACUUUCAUUCACUUAGUCUUACCACAAUAGAAGGUCUAACAUAUACAGAAGACAGCCAUAUGUAAGACAUGCCCAUACCCCAAAGCAUAGAAAAUGUAACACACCAGGGCCUUGAGGAGGCAGCACUGUAACAGUGCAAAUACACAAAUAUUUAGGAAAACUUACAUCACCCAACAGACAGCAUGUAUGGUCACCAUUAUCCAGCACUCUCCAAAAUAAGUAGCUAUGAGUGGCUUAUCCAAAAGUUGUCUUAUAUAUACUUGUCACCACAAAUUGUUUCUGAACAUACUAUUGAUUCCAAUUUUGGGUAUUCACAACAUGGUAAUUAUCUGGUAAGAGAUAUUUAUGACUAACUUGUAAUUAGACUUCUAAAUGCAUACAUACGCUUGGGUCACAGUGAGGCAAAAAACUCUGAGUUAUUUGUAGAGUACCUUAAGAUUUAACUUUUCAAAAACCAUAUUUAAGCUUAGCUUUAGAAGUAUUCUUCCCAGCAUCCCUUCACCAAGCUAUUUCAAUUUUUUAAAGUGAGGAGUAGGGAGGGCUUUUUAAAGUAUUAUUCCUUUAUAUUCAGUUUCUCUUAUCCCAUAUAGAAAUGGAAUAAAGCAUGGUGUCCAUCCUAAUGAUAUUUAUAGGUGUGGUGAUGCAGAAAUAUCCAUGGGCUCAAGCAAGAGAUGAAAAAUCAUAUUCUCCCCAAAAUGGGAAAAUCAGUACUACCAGGGGCCCAAAGGGAUGUUCAGGUUACAUCUGUCAGGAUUAAUACCAUAACAGAGGACCAUCUUUGGAGCACAGUGGGGCUCACCUCCGAUUUUGUGAGUCAUGUGGAUGACAUCAGAGACAAGCAUUACCCAAAAUGAGCAUCCCAAUAAGACUUUCAUGUGAGAUGGUAUUAGAAGACUUUCUUUUUUUUUUCUUUUGAGACGAAGUCUGGCUCUGCUGCCAAGGCUGGAGUGCAGUGGCACAGUCUCGGCUCACUGCAACCUCCACCUCCCAGGUUCCAGUGAUUCUCCCGCCUCGGCCUCCCGAGUAGCUGGGAUUACAGGUGCCCGCCCCAACACCCGGCUGAUUUUUAUAUAUUUAGUAGAGGCGAGCUUUCACCAUGUUGACAAAGCUGGUCUCGAACUCCUGACAUCAGGUGAUCCGCCUCAGCCUCCAGAAGUGCUGGGAUUACAGGCAUGAGCCACCAUGCCUGGCCGCGAGUCCCAGUAAAACUUUUAUGUGAGAUGGUCUUAGAAGUUGGUGGCCCAAUUCACACAGAAGAGGAUGGCUGUGCAGCCAAGUGAGACAGAUAUUUUUUCUCAGGAGCAGAAAUCUUAAGGUAGAAGAUGGUCACUCGCUGAGUAGUUGAGGCAUGCCUUGAUGGAACUCUCUGGGGGUCAGAUUGCACGCUGUCUCCCUGAGUUGCAUAAAGCACAGGACAGCCUGCCUGCACUCCAGCUUUUAGCAUGUACCAGCUCAGCAGACAACAUCACUAUUUUGUUUGCCAUUAAAAUACACAGUACUUUGUUUGCCAUUAAAAAAUAUAGUACAAUCUCAAGGACUGCUUAGGGGUAGGUAGAAAGUCUGUCAUCACCGUAGGUAGAAAGUCUGUCAUCACCAGAAGUAUUUAAAUGCUGGCUAGACAAACACUCUGUGGAAAUAAGUUUCACUCUUUGUGAAAGGGGUAAAAUGAAUCAUUUUCUUUGGCACUGACAGAGCUAGUGAAGAUCUUAGCAUCCAGUAGAUAAACAGCAACUUCCGUUUACUACAUAAACUUUAUUUUCACAGAUUACUGCUGAAGCAAAAUAUUGAUAUAUUUCUAAGACAUUAAGCAUAUCACAAGACCACUUAUGUUCUUUAUGGGCAUUCAAUUAAGAAAUGACUUGAAAAAUCAGGCCUUGAAAGGAGUUCUGAUGCUCCUAAUUAGCAUCAGAACUGCUCUGAUGGGCUUAAGCCAUCCUGAGAGUCCUAGCUUGCUUCCUACCCGAGGUCUCUUCUCAUGAAUCCUAUGCUUCCAAGUCAAACAGAUAAGGCAUCACUAAAUCAAAUACAAACUUCACUCUUAACAUUUAGGUGUACAUCUCAUCUGAAAAUCAUUCAAAAGCUCAGGUCAUCUACAAGAACUCUUUUCUUUGCAUUUUAGUAUCAAAAAAUUGAAAGAAGGAAAAGAAUAGGAUAAAGCCAUUUAUUUUCAUAGGUAAGAAUGUAACAUUGGUUUAUCAGUUACAUAAGUACAUUUAAUGCGUCAUCCAUGCCAGGUACAUAAUUUUUAACCAACUAAAACACAUUACUACAACACAUUCUCCACAUUACAAGUGGAGAAAUAGCUAAAAACAUGGAAAACAUAUACAUAACUCUUUAAAGGGUAGGGAACAUGCCCUGUUCAUAUACAUUGCUUAAUCCGGCAUUCCAGUCUCAGUGAGGCACCACCAUCCACCCAGCUAUAAAAUCCAAGAUCAGGAAGUUAUCUAUCCCUUCCCCACACCAUCCAAUCAGCAAGCCUCUCUUACCUCUUAAACCUUUAUCAAAUCCAUUUGAGCUCCCAUCUUUACUGUCACGAUGCUGCAGGCCAUCACUGCUUUUCAAAGUUUUCAUAAACUAGCCUUCUAACUGAUCUUCCAAACAGAAGGCCAAUCAUUAUUUCCUUCUACCAGGUCUAUUUACUACUUGGGUAAAAAUAGUCCUUAGCAUGCAAAUUUCAUCAUACUACUUUUUGGCCCAACAGUUUUCAAAGCUUUCCAGAGUUCUUACAAUCUGCUCUAGCCCCUAUCUACUUCAUCAUUCCUGUCAUUCACCUCAUUCAGUGUCUUUUCUUCUUCCAGACACUGUACUUCCCCCAUUUCCCUGACACAUCCACCUUUUCAACCUCAGGGCUUUUGUACCAGCUGUUCUCUGAAGCAUUCUUUUUCCUUCUAUCACACAUCCUUCAGAUAUUAGCUCAAAUGUUACUUCCACAGGAUGCCUUCCUUGACCUGCAUCCUGGCAUCCUCCAUUCCUCUCCCAUACACAAAGGCCAAACUUUACUUCAUAGCUUCUUGUCAUACUUAACUUUGAGCAGUUAACACUGAUAGAAGUGACCUGUUCAUGGCUAGAUGAGUCUCUCUCAAUGUGAUCUAUCUUUAAUGAGAUUAGCAACUGUAUGUCUUUGCCAUACCAGUAGGCUUAGUGGUAAAGACAGAACCUUCACAAGCAGAUAUUUGGAUAUUUAUGGACUAAAUACAGAUCUGUAAAAGUAAAAAAAAAAAAAUGGGAAUGGUAAAUUUGGUAGUAAAAAACUGUCUUCUAAAAGGAGGCUAAGUCCGAUAGAAAAAAAUUGUACUUAGGAAAAUUAAGUUGUGAAACCUUAAUAAGCUUUUGAACACAAAAAUCGUUCUUUGAAAACUUAAUUUCAUAAUUUAAAUACAAAUCAAAUUCAGAGAAACACAGGUUAAGACUCCUUUAAGUUACUCUUGGUUUAAAACUUUGAAGUAGAAUAUUUUAACCAAAUACAUAUAGAUUUAACCAACCAAAUCACAGAAAACCUGUUCGGGUUGUUAAUUAAACCAUUAUAAACCACUUAACAAACAAUUAAAACUCUAAAGUAAAAGAUAAAAUGGCUUAAAAAAAUCUAUUUUCUGUAUCACAGAGGAAAAUACACAAGCCUCCUCAGAAAUGAAACUAAGUUAGAAUAUUAUGUCUAAAUGUAUCUGCCAGGUAUGAGUCUAAAUACUAGUUAGCAUGUAAGCACUUAUUAAAAGACAUUUAAAGUUAGUAACGUAACUUUAAUCAAUCAGGAUUUCAUCUUGUAUAAAGAUACUAAGGAUAUUUCACCCACAAUGCAAACUUUUUCUUUGUUAAAAAUUUAUUGUUUGACAAAAAAAACCCAUUCAAAUGUUUCACCUCGUGUUUCAGAACACCUACCUUAUCUUCUGGGUAUCCCUUUUAUUCUGAAGAUACAUGUACCUCUUUUAAAAGAAAGUUAAAUUUUUGAUUUUUAGUAGUUAGAACAAUGCUUUGUUGUUUUUAACAGUAAAGUAUCAGGGUAAAGUAUGUUCUCCAAAAACAGUACACAUGAUUCUUCUUAUAAAUAUGAUAUAUAAUCAAUUAUUAUCAAGUAUGUACAUUGCACACACAUCAAGCAAGAUUUAUACCCUGUAGGUUUCUGGUAUUGCAUUCAAUUUUUAAAACCAAGAAUUAUGGAAUAAAGAGAAUUUAUGUACAAAGCAACACUCCUAUUAACUCAUGCCACUAGUGAAACAAAACUCUAAAUAAGUAGAGAAAACGGGUUCACACAUUGGAGCUCUGAAAUGAUCUGGGUCCUUUAUGUCUGCAUUUAUUUUUCCUAUUGAAUUUGAAGUUCAAACCAAAAUCCAUUAAAAAUGUUUAGAAUUAUUAAAGGCCACAGUGUGACAGCUUUUAGUGCAAGCAGGCAUUAGCAAGCAUUUUCUUUUCUCUUUAAGCUGAGCCAACUUUUGUUUUAGAAUUUCUGUAAUUCAACAGUAUUUCCCACCAAAGCACCAAAAUCUUUUCCACCUUGCAGCAAACUACUACAUGACAGAUGUGCCAAAGUUGUUAGUUUAUACUCACUUCCUUUGCUGAAUAUGUAGUAAUAGUUAGGCCUUAGCUUCCAAUUUACAUGAUGGUAUUCUCCAAAAUCUUCAAAAAUUUCAUUUUUAUAUCAGAAAUCAGCAUGCAAGUCCAGGCAUGGUGUCUUAUGCCUGUAAUCCCAGCAUUUUGCCAGGCCGAGGCAGGCGGCUCACCUGAGGUCAGGAGUUCAAAACCAGCCUGACCAAUGUGGUGAAACCUGUCUCUACUGAAAAUACAAAAAUUAGCUGGACGUGGUGGUGGGUGCCUGUAAUCGGAGCUACUUGGGAGGCUGAGGCAGGAGAAUUGCUUGAAACCGGGAGGCAGAGCCUGCAGUGAGCCAAGAUUGUAUCACUGCACACCAGCCUGGAUAACAGAGCAAGACUCCACCUCUCAAACAAGUAAAAUAAAUAAAUCAACAUGUAAUAGUCAGUGAGCACCAACCAUGCAAUUGUGCUAGGUACAGAAGAUGGAAAAAAUAUUCUUGAGGUGGGAGAAACAUGUUAACAGAUAAAUUACAGCAGACAGACUUGAUAGAUGGGGGUAAAAGUUAUUAGGAACAGAAGGCCUAAUUUUCCCUAGAAAAGGUAGUAUUUGAGAUGGGUCUCAACAGAAGAGUAAAGAGUAAAUAUUCUUUGCUGGGGGAAGGGGAUGGAGACAAAACAAAAAGAACAACCCAUGCAACAACAGAGGCAGCAAAGAAUUAUUCAGUGUGGCAGUGAUGUGGAAGACAGAGACAAGAGCCAAGACUAGCAAUUUGGUUUGGAAGCAGAUGAGGGUCUUUGUAAAACAAGUGAAGGAGUUUGGAUUUUUCUUAUUGUAGACAACAGGGAGGGAAGAGAUGUUAUUAGGCAGGCAAACAAUGAGAGCAGCUUUCAUUUUUGAGGAUGAUGACUCUGGCAGCAGGGUGGAAGAUAAACAGCAGUAGAGAGAAACUGGAGGCAGAAAAUUAACUCAAGAGGUGCUUAUGACUCAAUGAGGACCUUAGGUCAGAAGUGAUUAAACAGCCAAAGUCAGUGACUGGAGCAUGGUUUUGGGGAGAGCCUGGUGACUGAUUGGACAUGGGGGUGAGAGAGACAUGCAUCAGGACAGCCAGCAGUAAUGUUCCUGGCCUAGUAGGUUGUGUACAUGGCAAUCACCUUCCAGAAGGAAUGGACAUUACUUUCAUUUUUACAAGUACUUGCAGGGUGAGCGACUUGUAGUGUGAUCAAGAUGACAAAAGAUCACUGCUUCAGAAAAAUUGUAAGUGAAAAUAUAGAGUUAGAGUUGUCAGUUUAUAGGUUAGAGGAGAGGGCACAAAAGCACCAGAAUGAACAGGGCACUCUGCAGGAACAGAACUCACUCCCAGGUAUGGGACCACAAAGGUUGCUGCAGAGAACAGGCAUUGGGCACCUGGCAACUGACACCAAUGGGAUGCUUACGGUCUGUCCACUGAUUUAAGAAUUGUAAAACAACUAUUCACAAGUGUUGCACAUGUCUCUAAGGUAAGUGGGAGCCCAGACCACUUUGGGGGCAACUGUCUGCUUACUGCACGCAGCCCUUUCUUUUCUGGAAUUUAGUCUCCUCAUCAUCCUGCCUUCUCCCUUGCAUAUCUCCUGCUUGUGUAAUAAAGUGGAAAGUGGAAGGGCAGAACAAGGCUCAGAUCAGUGGCACUUGUUUGCUAAAAGUAUACUAGACAGUUCUGGUGUGAGGCCUGGGGUCCCAGAUCAUAUAAAUUAUCACUGUCUCCUUUAUUGCAUCCCUGUAUUAUCCCCAUCCCUCUCAGCCAGGGUAGCUGGCUGACAUCCACUCUCUCAAGAGGACAUGUAUGGACAGAAGACCUGACUCAAGAAACAGCACUCUAUGAAAAGGGCAGAUAGUUAUGUAAGAAUUUUGCAAAAACUUGAGAAAUUAAAAUAAGGGAGACUAUGAAUGCAAAAACAUUAGAGAGCUUGCGCCCAGAAGUUUCAGACCAGACUAGGCAACUUGUUGAGACCCUGUCACUAAAAAAGAAUUUAGUCAGGUGUGAUGGGCCACGCCUGUAGUCCCAGCUACUCGGGAGGGUGAGGUGAGAGGAUCUCUUGAGGCUACAGUGAGUCAUAAUCUUGUGCCACUGCACUGCAGCCUAGGUGACAGAGCAAGAUUAUUUCUCAUAGAAUAUAUAAAUUAUAAAUAUAUGUGUAUAUAUAUGUAUACAUACGUAUAUACAUACAUAUGUAUAUACAUAUAUAUAUAUAUAUACUUGGCCGCCUGAGUUAGGCCGCAUUAGUACUAUCCUCCAAAAGCUAACAUAAAUGCACAUCAGUUCUUUCUAGCGCAGCGCUGAAGAGGGUGCCACUACUUGUGCUGAGUGCUGUUUGGCAUGGCCAGUGGCACAGUAAGAGAAGGAGUAGGAGUGGAGGAGUGAAGAAAGAGGAGGAGGAGAAGAGAAGAAAAGGAGGAGGAAAGAGAAGAACUAGAAGAGAAAAUGAGAAGAAGAUAGUAAGAAGAGAGGAAGUGGAGAAAAAAAGGAGAGGGGGACAACAGGACCAGGAGAGGAGAGGAGAAAAGGGAAGCUAGGAGGAAGUAGGGAGAAAAAAAGAGAAGGAGGAG